UUAAGUAUUUGCUAUAAAAUUAAAUUGAUGUGAAAAAAAUCAUGACUACCUACCAAAAUUUUCUUUUAAACAGAUAUUUAAAAUUGCAGAAUUAAUUAAUAAAUAUUAAAAUUGAUAUAAUUUAUAUCUAAUUAAAACCUCUGUAAUUCUAAUUAAUUGAAUCUCUUAUUUAUGGAUUGUUGACCUUCUGGUGGAAUUCAAUUCAAAAACAACUUGAAAGAAUUUGAAGUUUUCUUCGACAUUAUCCAUCCAAACAAAUGCAAACUUCUAUCAGUGUUAACGAAAUGAGAAAAACACAUUUCAAGAUUUUUUUGUCAUUCAUAAAUUUUGAUACUCUAGUGCCGAUUAUUUUGAUAUUAUUAGUCAACACAAUAGCAUUCCUUAAUGUGGAAUGUUGUAUCAUUGUCUUUCUUGUUCUACCGGUAGCACUAUCAAGUUAUUAUAUCUAUUGUGCUAAGAAAAAUGCCAGAACAAACUUCUUUCUGUAUUCUGCUUUUAUAAGAUUCAACCACAAAUACUUUUUCAUGGGGUGUAUUGCUUGCUUUUGUGCACUUUCUCUUUUCGCUAAUUUGUCUUUGACUUCUGUCUGCCAUCCAUUUCAAAUCUUCUCGGUUGUUGGCAUUGUGAUUCUUCUGCCUGAUGAUUGUAGCGGUGUGUUCAUCGAAGUUGAUAUCGCAUUAUGCUUUGUUGGAGCAAUUUUUGCUCUGGAAUUAGCAAUCGCUUUGCUUUUUCUUAUCAUUCAUCAAGUUUUUCUAAUAUCGAAAGGCGUAACUUCAACUGAAUAUUGUUUAAAAGGCGAUAGAAAAUCUCGUAGCAAUUGUGAUGAAAUGAAUGAAAUUCCUGGUUUUUCGACAAUUCUGACAGAUAAAAAUGAUUUUCAAGAUGAGGAUAACAAGAAAUCAUCAAAAAAUAAAAAAAGUGGAGGAUUCCAAGCUAUGGGUCUUAGUCAACCAGUUCUUAAAGGAAUACAAAAGCGCGGUUACAAGAUUCCAACUCCAAUCCAGCGGAGAACAAUUCCUGUAAUUUUAGAAGGCCGAGAUGUUGUUGCAAUGGCAAAAACUGGUUCUGGAAAGACUGCCUGCUUUCUAAUUCCUCUGUUGGAAAAAUUAAAACAACGUCAAAUAAAAUCAAGUGGCCCACGAGCUUUAAUUCUUUCUCCAACUCGUGAAUUAGCAAUUCAAACCUUCAAAUUUAUUAAAGAACUUGGAAAAUUUCACGAUCUUAAAUGUAUUCUCGUGUUGGGUGGAGACUCGAUGGAUUCCCAAUUCUCAGCAAUCCACCAACAUCCUGAUGUUGUUGUGGCUACACCAGGUCGUUUCUUACAUGUUUGCAUGGAAAUGGAUCUGAAAUUGUCUUCGAUUCAAUACAUCGUGUUUGAUGAAGCUGAUCGCUUAUUCGAAAUGGGUUUUGGUGAGCAGCUCAAUGAGACUAUUCGAAGAUUGCCUGAAUCACGACAGACUGUAAUGUUCAGUGCAACAUUACCAAAACUUCUCGUUGAUUUUGCUAAAGCUGGUUUAAGUGAUCCCGUUCUGAUUCGUCUUGAUGUGGAAUCAAAAAUUCCAGAAGCACUUGAAUUGAAAUUUAUUUUCUCACGACCUGAUGAAAGAUACGCCACUUUACUUGUGCUUAUAAAGCACAUGAUUCCAUCGAAAGCGCAGACAGUCAUUUUUGCUGGCACACAACAUCAUGUUGAGUUGAUAUCAACAUUGUUAACAAAAUCAAAUGUCUCAAACACUUUCGUUUAUUCAAAUUUGGAUCCAUCAGCUCGUAAGAUCAACACCGCAAAAUUUACACAAAGCAAAGUUAAUGUGUUGGUUGUCACUGACAUUGCUGCUCGUGGAAUUGACAUUCCAAGCUUGGAUUAUGUCAUCAAUUUCCAUUUUCCUGGCAAACCUAAAUUGUUUAUUCACCGAGUUGGUCGUUGUGCUCGAGCAGGUCGAAGUGGAACGGCUUAUUCGAUUUUCUCCACUGAUGACGAAGCGCAUUUGCUUGAUUUACAUUUGUUUUUGAAUCGUCCGUUUGACAUUAAAGAUUCAAAGUCAGUCGGAACUUGUCCACCCGAACUCAUCGAAGAAGAGCAGCAAGUUGUCUUACGACAAAUAAACGACUCUGAUGUUGCCAAUAUUUAUCGUAUCAGUAACAACGCUUAUAAAGCUUACAUUCAAACUCGACCAGCAGCGUCUGUUGAGUCAAAUAAGAAAGUUAAAAACAUUAAAUUUAACACUCUAAGAAUGCUUGAUGACUUCAAAUCCAUUCUUCCAGCGUCAAAUAUUGUUGCAAACAGUGAUGAAUAUGUGGCAAAUCUUCUCGAUAAAAUGAAACAAUACAAAGCAAAAACAACCAUUUUUGAGCUUAAUCCCAAGUUAAAAUCGGAACAGUUUAUUGUAAUGACAAAUAAACGAAAAGCUCAUAGUGAAAGAAUCGAAAAUUAUCAUAAGAAACAAGAAGAGUUGGCGAAGGAGGAUCAUGUCAUUCAAAGAAGCGAUGACGACGAUUACAGUGAUGAUGAUGGUGGUGAAGAUCCUGAUGAGAAUAAACGAAGACGAAAGAAAAAGAAGAAGAAGGUGAAGACAUUCGAACCAAGUCAAAUGCGUGACGUUGACUUUUAUAUUCCCCAUCAACCUUCAGAUAAGAUCACUGAAGAAGGUUUUGCAAUAAAUUCGUUCACACGGGAGGCACAACAGGCUGAGUUUAGUGUUGCUGGUGACACUGUAGACAGUCAGCGAUUGAAUAAAACACUUCAAAGAUGGGAUCGAAAGAAGAAGAAAAUGGUUAAUGUUGAAGAUCCGAGGACUGGAAAGAUUCGCACUGAACAUGGUGUUUGGAUUGCUGCUUCAUAUAAAACUGACCGCUAUGCGAAAUGGAAGGAACGUUCCAAGAUUGAUGAGCAAGUGGAACGUGAUGACGAUAGCGAUAACGAAGAUCUUAAGCCACAAAUACGUAAAAAUCAUCCACACACUCAUUGGGGACGUCACAAUGCAAAGGUUGAUCAAAUGAAGAGAAUUGAUCCAGAACUUAAGAAUAAAGAACAGCUGAUGAAGCAACGUUUAAGAAAGCAGCGAAUUCAGUCGAGAGAACUUGCAGCGAAGCAAAAAAAUGAACAGAAGAGGAAAAGAGCUUUAGCAAGAAAAUCUGGAAAACCAAAAUCAAGAUAAAUUGAUUAAUAAAAUGAAUUUUAAUAAAUUUCUUAUAUUAUAAUUAACGG